GGAAGGACGCACGGUAUCUGUCUGCUUCCCUGCGAUGCAUGCGAGCGUGAGCGACGUAGCACAGCGAUGUCCGGGGCUAAGUCCUGAGUGGAACAUGGGCCGAGAAGUGAAGCAUGUCAGGUGCAUGAUUGUCGGUCACCCACUUCACUUUGCCUGGUGCGUCGUCCCCUCGCAUUCAAUAUCGCGGCUAUCCAAGUGUUUGCCUAUGGGAUAUCGACCCUAUGAGGCAACUAUGAGUGUGACUCUGAUAGGUACGAGGAACACACCGAGGACAUAUGCAUGCCAGCGGCACCCGUGCGUCGCCGCGGAUUCAUACAGCUCGGUCCCAUCAGCCGAGCAUGGUCCUUCGUCCGCGCUUGGCCAGGAAUGACAGAGGGAUGCGUGGAGAACAGGGACACAGGAGAGGGACACGGACACGGAGUCGACGCCCCAGACCAGGUCGCAACACAACAUUCCAGAUCCGGCGGCGCCCAUCAAUCUGCCGUGACCCGACUCGCGUCCGAUCAGGAUCGUACGUACCCGCGGGGCAUCUCCAGCCCCCCUCUCCCGCCCCUCUCCCGCCCCUCUCCUCGAAGUCAUCGCCGCCAACAGCUCGAGGUCGCGCAUGCACCGAGGCAAGCGUGAGGAAGGAAGACAGACAACGCUCGCGUCGGCAUGUGGGGGUGGCUCUCGGAAGCCCCAGAAUGGCAACCGGCUACGCAGCGCUCGGCAUCCGCUGGCAUCCGCUGCGGGCACAGCGGGCAGCACUGCAACGACCCACAGGCGCGUCAGCUGCUCCCAAUUCCGCCCACCGCUCCUUUCUUUCUCUCACCUUCAUCUUGACCACCUCCUGCAGCCGGGCUGCCAUUCACUCAGCUCCCACAUUUCUACCCUUGCUUGCAGUCGCUUUUGCUUUCUCUUCUCGCCGAUAUGUUCUCUACGACCAAGAUCGCUAAGUAUGCUAUGAUGGUGGCGGCUGGCGCGCAUCUUACCUCGGCUCUGUCGCUUUCGUCGAGCUGUCAAUCUACCCUCGCUCAGCUCGUUACGUCCACCGAGACGACAUGCUUGAACGCACAGAGCCUCGUCGGGCUCGUCGUGUCGACGCAGAACACGUCUGUGGUGCCGACGGUCAACAGCUGGCUCACUGGGAUGUGCUCGCAGACGGUGUGCUCGAACCAGACGCUGUCGGACGUCGUCACGAACGUCACCUCGGGCUGCGCGAGCGACCUCGAGUCGGCAG